GGCAAGGCCCCAACCGGGCGGCUCCUUAUAAGGGUCGUCCCAGCACGCCGCUCUUGACAAAGAAGCUCCUCCUCAUCAUCGGCCGCCUGUCAACCACCAAGGAACCCGACCGACAGCCUCGACAAGGCUCUCUCGUCCGCAGCCAUGUAUACCAAGUCUCUUCUCCUCGCAGCUCUUCCGGCUACCGUGCUGGCCCAAAGCCCCGUCUAUGGCCAGUGCGGUGGUCAGGGCUGGACCGGUCCAACGACCUGUGUCUCUGGCUCAACCUGUGUUGUCAGCAACCAAUGGUACUCGCAAUGUCUUCCCGGCGGCUCGGGAGGCGGCGGCGGUGGCGGCAGCCCGACCAACACCCCGACACCCACGCCUACCAAUGGUGGCGGUAACGGAGGUGGUGGUGGCAGUACCGCCAGUGGCCUGGACGGCAAGUUCAAGGCCAAGGGCAAGCUGUACUUUGGCACCGAGAUCGACCACUACCAUCUCAACAAGGCCCAGAUCACCAACAUUGUCAAGGCCCAGUUUGGCCAGGUCACCUGUGAGAACAGCAUGAAGUGGGAUGCCACCGAGCCUUCUCGCGGCUCCUUCAGCUUCGGCAACGCCGACGCCGUGGUCAACUUUGCCCAGGCCAACGGCAAGCUGGUGCGCGGCCACACGCUGCUGUGGCACUCGCAGCUGCCGACGUGGGUGCAAAACAUCAACGACCGCAACACGCUGACGACGGUCAUCCAGAACCACGUCACGAGCCUGGUGACGCGGUACAAGGGCAAGAUCGUGCAGUGGGACGUGGUCAACGAGAUCUUUGCCGAGGACGGCAGCCUGCGCAACAGCGUCUUCAGCCGCGUGCUGGGCGAGGACUUUGUCGGCAUCGCUUUCCGCGCCGCCCGCGCGGCAGACCCCAAUGCCAAGCUCUACAUCAACGACUACAACCUCGACAUUGCCAACUACGCCAAGGUCACGACGGGAAUGGUCGCCCACGUCAACAAGUGGAUCUCGCAGGGCAUCCCCAUUGACGGCAUCGGCUCGCAGGCCCACCUUGCCGCUCCCGGUGGCUGGAACCCGGCCUCGGGCGUGCCCAACGCGCUCAAGGCCCUCGCCGCCGCCAACGUCAAGGAGGUUGCCAUCACCGAGCUCGACAUUGCCGGCGCCUCGGCCAACGACUACGUCACCGUCAUGAACGCCUGCCUCCAGGUCUCCAAGUGCGUCGGCAUCACCGUCUGGGGCGUCAGCGACGCCGACAGCUGGCGGCCCAACGACAACCCGCUCCUCUACGACCGCAACUACUCGCCCAAGGCUGCCUUCACCGCUCUCGUCAACGCCUUGUAAAUAAGGCGGCCGAGUGGUGCUUCGUCUCUCUCACUCUCCAGGUGGAGGAGAGGAAAGAAAGUCUCAUGGCUGGAGCAUUGUCUGUCAGUCUGGGAACUUUGAACCGGUACAAGGCUCUUGUGUCCGCUUGAGCUCUUGUUAUAUCUAGUCCAUUGAUUUCUUAUUAGUACAUAUUUUUUUUCCAUCUCAGUACACAUCAAGCUAUACAUUCAUUAUCUCGUUUG